AUGGGACGCCGACGCAAGAAUACAAAGUUUCGCGUGGGCGGCCUAGCUCCAACACAAACCCAAGGCGACACAAGCAUCCAUUUCCACUCGAAUAGUCGUCGUGUCGCCACAACGCUCGUCAACCAAACACCGACUCAAGACGCCACUUCUGCUGGACAUGGAACGACGGAUUGGAUGCCCUUUUCUCGACUAGGGGAUGCGGAAUUGGCGGCAAUAGCUGCUACUUUAGCGUCGGAGCUGGGACCGGUGGAAGACGAUGACCACCCAGUCCCAGGCAAGAGGAAGCGUAACGCUUCAGACGACCCCAUGGCACUUUGGCGUGGAAUGAAGCACUUAUUUCUGGACGAGCUAUUGCGUGGGGAAAGUCUUGGUCGACAUUACACAAAGCCCACAUGCGCUAUUUGUGGGGAGGAGGUCGGGCCCAAUGUCACAAAUCGUGCUUUCCGUUGCGCCGAUUGUGGGCCAUACAUCCACUGCGAAGACUGCCUCCGCGUCAGACACCAACAACUACCUCUGCACAGGCCAGAGGUGUGGCUGGGCCAAUUCUGGGCGCGCUGCGUUCUCUAUUCUCGAGGGAACGAUACACUACUUGGGCUAGGGAUGAUAUACCAACUGGGUCAUCAUGGCUUCGCAUGCCCGAGUCCGGAUAUACGUCGACGACGGAUGGUGGUAAUCGACGUGGGUGGUGUUUUUGAGGUCGAUAUUCAAUUCUGCGGAUGCUCCGACAGCCUUCGCCACAGGCAUACCACCCUAUCCCAACUCCUCGAUAAUCAAUGGUAUCCGGCUACUGUUACUGAGCCGUCGACUUGCGCCACAUUUCGAGUGCUCGACCUGUUUCGCCUGCUCAAGGUCAAAGGCAAUAUGAAUGCUCACGACUUCGUGGGCACACUCGAGCGACUAACGAACGCCACUUUUACGAAGGCGGUACCGGACCGUUACAAGGCAUUUGGGAGGAUGAGCCGACAGUACGACUUCCUGCUCCGAGCGAAGAGAGCUGGGAGGGCGCAUUACAACGACGGUCUCGCCAGCACUCCUCCUGGCGGGCUUGCAGUUCGCUGCUGGGCAUGUCCAGACCCAGAACGAAAUCUCCCCGCUGGAUGGCAAAACUGUAAUGCAUCCGAUUCAUAUCUAUACUCGCUGAUGCUAGCCCUCGACGCCAACUUUCGACUGAAAAAUAGGAUCCGUGCCAACGAGCGACAUGAUCCUUCGCUUGGAAGUGGACUGGGCUAUUUCGUUGAAUUGGGCGAAUACAAGGAGCACUUGCGUCAUUACGUCGCAGAGGAAGACGUUAGCACCUGUAUCGCAUUCGCAGCGUUGAUGCAGAAGGAGACGAAAUUGACAACGGGCUUAAGAGUUUCAGGCGUCGGGGGUUGUGUUUGUGCCCGGCAUGGGAUAGUUCGUCCCAUGGGUCUGGGUGAUCUCCAGAAGGAUAUGCCAAUAUGGAUUGGGUCUUUUUUGUGCGCGGUUGGAGGCUCGACCGUCAAGCGAAUCGUCAUUUCUUACGAUAUCGCAUGUCAAUGGAAACAGCAUAUCCUCGAACGAGCAACCCGGCUGUCGACAAAUCCCGCUAUCCCAACCAAUCUUUCCGAGUAUGAUUUGCAAUUCGCCUUACCCGUGUGGCAUGCGGCUGCCCACGAAAUCAAUUGCCAGGCGGCCAAUUCACUGACACAUGCGGUUGGGGUAGGAAGGACUGACGGCGAAGGCAUUGAAAGGACUUGGGCCAUCCUGAACCCGAUUGGGUUUUCGACGAAGGAGAUGGGAGAGGGUAACCGCCAUGAUACGAUUGACGACAAGGUCGAUCAUUUAAACUUUGAAAAGAACGGGAAACACUUGCUCGUAAACUUGAUCAUCGCGCUCGCGCAACGCGAUGAGCAGGUCGCGGAGUUUGAGGAGAUCGAUGAAAGUCUUGAUCCAGCAUUGCGGAAAGUCUGGGAGGACCGGGUGACGAACUGGAAUGCCGAUCACAACCAGCCCAACCCUUACGUGUCCAACGCGAAGCAAUUUGGGCCCACCGAGGCGCAAAUCCUGGCCGACCUGAAGAAGGCCGAGUUAGACCAAGUAAGGAGUGCUCAUGGUGGACCAACUGCGGGGAAAACAACUGCCGCUGCGUUCAUUAAAGGUGCUCUGCAAUUGGAAAAUCAACAACGCCGUAUACGUUUCGAAGCUAGUGGAAUAUCGACAUUGACGGCAGAAAGGUCAAGCCAGCUCGAUGAACUCCGUGUCAACUUCUUCAAGAAGCUCCGUAGUAUGGAAGCCCAUCAGGUCUACUUCAUGCCUGGAGUCGCAGAUCUGAGGGCGGCAGAGGAGGAGCGACGAGACGCAGAUACACCGCCGCCUGCCGCAGAGAACGUAAAGCUGUGGCUUCCAAGCGAUUUGUCAGCGGAGGAAAGGCAGUCGGCAUGUCGCCCUGGGUUAGACGAGGUCGAAGCCAAGCUGCGGGUUGGACAAUGUGGGGAUGCGCUUGCCAAAAUUCGCUCCCAUCUGCAUUCGAAGACACACCUGAUCGAUACACGCAAUGCAAAUGCAGUGGGACAACGCUCAAGCACUCGCUAUAGCACGCUUAUCGGCCGAGUCGGAGACCAGGCAAAGCGACAGGCAAUCAAGUAUCGGGAGGUUCUACAGGCUCUUAUUCGGCUUCGAGGCGCCAAUUAUGCGCCGGAAUUCAAAACUCUCCACGAUGACGAUCUUCGUGUCCAUAUCGAGCCCGAGAGCGAUGCGCAGGGCCCGAGCUGCGCUGGAAGAUGCUACCAGUUUCUUGGAUCUGGUUUACGGGGGAAGAAGGUGGAAAUGGUGAAGGAGGAGUUGCACGCGAGAAGGAGCUACAUGACUUGGACCAAGAGCCGCGCUCGUCGUGACCGAUGGGUCGAGGAGGUCGCUCUCCUGCGGGAGGAGAUGAGAAGAGUCCUGCAGAGUGUUUGGAGUACACAGAAGGAGUGGAAGGAAAGGGAAGCCGCGCGCUCCGAGAUAGACGGAGAGCUUGCUGCUGGUUUGUUGGCGUAUGCGCGGCGGCAGCAGGAUUUGCACAAAAGAGUGGCAGAGAGCUUCCGGGCGGGCUGGACAUCAUCAAAGGUGGCGGCUAUUAGGCUCGUUGGGAACCGGAUUGGUGAGGAGGAGGAGCCGGAGGAGGCGGAGGAUCACGUGCAAGAUACCUCUCACGUGGCGGACGUGUCAUCGGGACUGGUGGCUUAA